ACAUACGUAAAUGAUGUGUCUGAUGACAUAAAUUCAUGUGAUGCGUUUUUUCUUUGAAAAAAAAUCAUCCUUUAAUUUAUUCAGCAGAAAAAAAUGAUAAGAUGAUAUAAAAAGGACAGAAAAAUGUAUGUCGGUUGGUGUUAAAUGAUAAAACUAUCUAAUUAUUGAUCAAUUAUCGAUUUAGCAAGCAAGAAGAAAUUGAAAUUUUCAAAUUGAUAAUAAUGAUUAGCCAACAUUAUUAUUAUAGAAUUUUUCUACAAUUAUCGAUCAUCUUUGUUGUUUUUGGAUCAUCAUUGUUGGUUCAAUCGGCAAAAAUUCCACAGCAAAAUUCAACAUCGAUUCAAAAACAAUGUAAUUUACAAAGAAAAUUUCAAACCGAUUUGAUUAUGCAACGUUUUGUUACAUUUGGUCCGAAUGGUAGAAAAUUUCCCGAAACAAAUGAACAAUUAAAUAAUUAUUGUGAUGAAUGUAAUCGUUUAAUAAGUAAAGUUGAAAAAUAUUAUGAACAAUGUGCUGAUGGUUAUAAUAAAAAUAUGGCUAAAAUUAGUUUAUAUUCAUUGCGGCAUAUAAUGCGAACAUUUUGUCGUUCAAACAAUAACAGUAAUAGUAAAAAGAAACAAACAAAUCAACAAAGAAAAUCAGCGAAAAAAUUAAAACGUCUUAUGGCACUAACACCAUGUUUAAAUCGUCAUCGAUUAAAUAUAACAUGUUUAGAUCGUUUUGCUGAACGUUCAUGGCCAUUAGUUGAUGCACCGAUUGGUAAUGAAAAAAUUUCCUAUAUUUGUUGUGAUUAUACUGAUGCAAUGGAAUGUAUGAAUCAAUUCAUAAUCAAUGUUGAUUGUCUUCGUCAUGAACGUGAAUUUUUAAUGGAUUUUCUUGAAGAUAUAUUUCAAAAUGUUAUCAAUGCACUUUGUAUUAGUGAAAAUAUAAGCGAUACUGAUCGUUGUGAAAAACUUGAAGCUAAAAGACCAAAAUUUAAAAAUCCAAAUGAUAUAAAUCCUGAUUAUAAAUUUAAAUCAUUUUUAAUGGCUGCAACUGAAAUUUUAAAUUCAAUUGAUAAAUCAUAAUUUAUUAUUAUUAUU